CUCGGCGGCUGCUGUUUGGAUAAUACGCACUGGGAGCGUUGGAGGCUCCGCGGCCCCGCUCACAUCUGGCUGGGGUUUGCUCUUUACGAGUCUGUCCCGCUCUCUUCAGCUCUUCCUUUACUUUCGAGAAACCGCGCUUCCGCUUCUGGCCAGAGAGACCUUGGAACAGAGGAGGUCAAGGUGCCGGGAAGGCAGGGACCGGCGGGUGGCUGCCCCGCGCCCCCCCACCCCUCCCCCCAUCAUCCUGCACCUUCUUCCCGGAGGACUUUUUCCUUCCUUCUCGCUCUCUCCGCUGACCAGGCUGUUCUGCCCCCUCCGACCUGGCUGGGAGGAGGCUACGACGCUGCUGGGAGAUGCUCUAAGCCCGAGAGGCCGCCCCAGGACGCUGGCCGGAGGUCGGCUGCGUUCUCGUCCCCACCUCUUCCGAUCAAAGUCCAGAAAAUUCCUUUUCCAGACUGCAGGGCGCGCGGGAACAUGGGCUCCCGGGGACUGAGACUCGGGCUGGCGAGCUGCCUGCUGCUGGCCUUCGCCUGUGGCCCGGUGCUGGGCCGUGCGCCGCGCGGCCCACAGAAGCUUCAGGAGCAGGAGGGGACCGAGGAGCCGCCGCUGGACCACGCGGAGAGGGAUGAAAAGAACCAUGAAAAAUACAGCCCCAGGCAGGGGGAGGACGAGCCCGCUUCCCGAUGCUUCCGCUGCUGUGACCCCGGCACGCCCGUGUACCAGGCCAUCCCGGUGCCGCAGAUCAACAUCACCAUCCUGAAAGGUGAGAAGGGUGACCGAGGAGACCGAGGCUUGCAGGGGAAAUACGGCAAAACAGGCUCCGCGGGCGCCAGGGGCCACACGGGCCCCAAAGGGCAGAAAGGGUCCAUGGGGGCCCCCGGGGACCGCUGCAAGAACCAUUACGCCGCCUUCUCGGUGGGCCGGAAGAAGCCCCUCCACAGCAACGACUACUACCAGACGGUGAUCUUCGACACGGAGUUCGUGAAUCUCUACGGCCACUUCAACAUGUUCACCGGCAAGUUCUACUGCUACGUGCCGGGCAUCUACUUCUUCAGCCUCAACGUGCACACCUGGAACCAGAAGGAGACGUACCUGCACAUCAUGAAGAACGGGGAGGAGGUGGUGAUCCUGUUUGCGCAGGUGAGCGACCGCAGCAUCAUGCAGAGUCAGAGCCUGAUGCUGGAGCUGCGGGACCAGGACGAGGUGUGGGUGCGGCUCUUCAAGGGCGAGCGGGAGAACGCCAUAUUCAGCGACGAGUUUGACACGUACAUCACCUUCAGCGGCUACCUGGUCAAGCACGCCCUGGAGCCCUAGCCCCGCCGGCCCCGCGUCCCCCCCCCCCACCCUGGGGAGGGGUGGGGGGCGCACGGGUCUCACUGCAGCCCCUCCCCCAGGCCUGGCUUCCCCGCCUCACUGCCCAGCUUCGGCCCUCCACACCACGCCCCUCGCUGAAGGGCCUUGGGGGCUCCCGGGUGGGCACCUGCGGGGGGGCGGGGGGGGCGGCUCCCCUCCAAGCACGUAACCCCAGGCGACCCAGCAGGCGCGCGGCCACGGCCACGGGGCAGGGUGUCCCAGAGUCAUCCCGCUCCCUCCCGUGGCUGGAAGUAAUUAAGGAAAUUGUAAAGUUUGUUAAAGAAGCAACAUCGGCCUUCCCACCGGCCGGCCGCACCUAGGGUUCGGCUGGUCUCUCUGAGCCACAACAGCGGGGGGGGGGGGCGGUGGCUGGGGUGGGGGUAGCGAAUGUCAGCUCUCAGCAGGGCAGCCAAGCCCUGGGCCUCGGCCUCCGGGCUGAGACGAACAGCCUGCUUGUUGGAACCUGCAGACUCCUGACAACAGCCGGGGACCUCGGGAGUCCCUGGGUCUGCUCAGCACAAUCAAGGCAGAGCCAUCCAUCUGGUGUGGUUCUGCCCCCACGGCCCCAGACUGCCCCGGAGCCCUGGGCAGGGCCUUCACGCCCGCCACCCUGGCGCUGGCUUUCCGCUCCUCCUCUCAGACGGGUCCGCCAUGGAAGGCACUGGAGACAUACUUUGGUAACAGCUGUCGUGGUUAUAUAAUAUUUGCUAUACAAGCUCCCUGCACACCAUCUCCAGUCCUGUUUCCCUGAGGGCUCAGUGCUCUCCCCCAGGCCUCUUUGACCAGUAGCCUAGGACACCACGGGAGGAUCUUCCUCUGGGCCCCGGAGCAGGGAAGAGCCGGAAAGAGCCCGAAGGGGCUGGAAGGCUCCGCCUGCCUCGGGGCCCCCGCGGGGCGCCGUCCCUCUGACCAGGAGAGAAGCACGUCUGAAGCACUGGAGUCAGAACCCUCUCUGGGAGGUGGGGUGUAGAAACACCCGAAGCGGCUGCUGCCUAGAUUUGGUGCUCUGGCCCGUGGCUGACUUCGGCCCGGUGGCCCUUCCCUGCCUCUCUCCGUUAACGCCCAGGGCCAAGGUCCCUCUCCUACCUGCUUGGGCCCCUAAGCCCCUACGGGAACCUUCCUUCCCUCAGGGAAGGGUCGGUCCUUCCCUGGUGACCCUUGGCCUUGACCCAUCCCUCUGCCCUCCCGGGGGCCGGGCCACCGGGUCUGGGCCCCGUGCCUCCUUCCCUCUGAAGGACUUCUGCUGGUCAGACUUUCAAAACGGUGUUUCUAUGGGCGUGCUGGUGAGUGGAGCGUCCGCCUGCUGCUUUGUGCUGUCCCGGUGCUCUUUCGGAAAACAUUAAACUUGGAACCAUGCGUUUGAGCA